AUGUGGUACCUGGAGCGGCUCCUAAGGGUGCGGACCCGCCCAGCGGCCACCUCUGCCUUCGCUCCUUCCAUCUUCACCAAUGUCCUCACGCCAGACAGCAUCCCAGAGUUCUGCAUCCCGCCCAGGCUCCUAUCCAAUACUUUCCCAGCCCCUACCCAUGAUCAUUGGCAGGAGGAGGAGCUGCGACCAGAGCUUGUGAGAGCCAGGGAGCACCCGGACCUCACCGACUGGGACCCGCGCUCUCAGGCGGCGCUCUCGCUGCCGCACCUGCCCCGCCAGCCCACCUCGUACGGCUUCUGUGCGCUGCUGGAGAGCCCGAAUACCCGCCGCAAGGAGUCCCUUUUCCUCGGGGGCUCUGCAGCCGCUGCCGCCCUUCUCCUGCAGCGUCCGCGGCCUCGGGCUCACACCUACUGCGGCAGCAGCGGCACCCAGGCUUCCUACAACCCACGAGGGCGGCGGGGCGCCCCAGACGGCCCGGACACCGCCGCCUCCUCCUCCUCCUCUGCCAGUUCGUCCCCCUGCGCUUCCCCGCUGCCCCAGGAGGUUCCCGCCCCGCGCUCCCGCAGCCGUCAGCGCUACCGCCGCCUCCUCCGGGCCCCGGAAGCGCUCUUGGGCCGGGCGCUGCGAGUUAGUGGGAGCCGCGUUCUAGCCCGGGCCCGCUCGAUCUCCAGCACUGAAGAUGAUGACGAGGACUAUGAUGCCGUCGGGGACGCAGGUCGCGUCUCCCUGCCAGUUACCUGCCAGCCCGGCUCUGCCCAGGUACCGGCUCCAUCUCGGUCCCCGUCGCCGUCCCCCCUGGGCCCACGGCAGGAGCGCCUGGAGGUCGAGAGCACCGUGGCCCUGGGCCGCGACGGCGGCGCCCUGCACUUGGCCACCGAGUACUGUCCGGUGUCCCGGCGGCUGCGCAUCCGCCUGCUCCGAGCCGAGGGGCUCUACAGCGGCGCCGCCGAGCCGGGGGCCAUCGGCUGCAGAGUCAGCGUCACCUUGGUGCCUCCGGGCAAGACGUGCAAGCAGCGCAGCGCCGUGGUCCGACGGAGCCGGAAUCCCGUAUUUAACGAGGACUUCUUCUUCGACGGACUGUCCGAGGAUGAUCUACGCCGCACGGCUGUGAAGGUCAAGGCCGAGAACAAGGGCCGGAGCCUGGAGCGGGACCGUUUGCUGGGCCGGGGAGAACUGGAGCUGAGCUCCAUACUCCCCUGA